UGGAGAUACUACCAACCGGGUAUACACACUUUUAACUAAACGUAUACCAAUGACCACACUUACGACAAACACGCCAAAGAUCAAUCCGGCCGAAAGAUUCGUGCCACCCGUAUCGUUUGAGCAGAUCCCGAAGUGGUUUGUGUAAUCCCAGACCGUUGCGAGGCCCGGCUUCAACCGGAGAGGUCAUGCAAUGCGCUGGUGUGGCUUCUCCUCCGCUUAUAGCAAACGCUUUGUACGCCGUCCAAACGCCAGAACCAGUGGGGGAGUUGACUAUCGCUGGUUUGCAGCAAACGAGCGGAUCUUGGGCCUGGGUGCAUUCGUUUAUCGGUUAGUUGCGUCGGUUGCUCUAUUGGGUAGUUGUAUUAUGAGCUCGGUACCUACCUGGGGAUCUACUUCGAUAAUAGCCGGCGAGGAAUUUGAGGAUUCAAGUAUCGAGACAUGCAUGACAAUCCCUGUCUGGUGGUUUGCAUUUCGUGGACUUUCUGCCCAUCUGUACUGCUGUUGCUGUCGGCAGUGUGUUUCUUCAAGAUAGAUGGGGACAGGACACUUGCAGUCUUGGGUUCGGUUCGGCUCUGCACCUGGUGAGAUUAACAGCUGGCUGUUGGCGCUUCUUGCUCGACUGUAUUGGUUAGGGAGGUGCAUGAUGCAAGUA